AUGGACUGGCGGACGUUCCGCGCGAAGCUGGUGGCGGGCCACGAGGCCACGCGGAGCGUCUCCGCGCCCUCCCCCGCGCAGGAGGCGGUGGGGCUCGAGAUUUGGCAGGUGCGGAAUUCAGGUGCUGGUGUGGUUCUUUUCAGGGGCUUAAGCAAGUGGUUCGAGAUUUGGCAGGACCGCAUGAGCCUCGAGAACUGGGCGCUGCUGGCCUCGCAGAACCCGCGCCUGGCCAAGGAGGUCCCCUGGGUGCACUCCACAGGGGGCGCGGAGGCGGGGGGCGUGCUGCUCGCCGCGCCCUUCUCCCAGCUCCCCGGGCAAGGGGGGGCGGAGGGCGGAGAUGGAGGGCGCGGAGGGGGGGCGGGCGCGCUGGACAGGAGGUUGUGGCAGGCGGCGGUGUUUCUGGUGGAGCAUGGGGGGGCAAGCGGGGCGUCCUGGGGCCUGCUACUAAACCGACCGUCGGGUUAUACGAUUCAGAUGGUGAGUGAGCUCGUUGGAAAUGUGAGAGGGCUGGACAGGCGGUUGUGGCAGGCGGCGGUGUUUCUGGUGGAGCAUGGGGGGGUGGGCUGGGAGUCGUGGGGGCUGCUAUUGAAUCGACCGUCAGGAUACACGAUUCAGAUGGUGAGCGCAUUCGGAGUGAGAGCGAGGAGAGCAUUUGGAAUGUGUGAGGGUUCAGAUGCAAAGGUGAACAGGGUGGAGGAUGCAGCGCUGGUGGCGUUUUCCCAUCUUCUGGUGUGCCCCCUUUCCCUCCCCCUUUCCCCCUCCCCUUUCCCCCUCCCCCCCUCCGCCUUUCUCCUUAACCAGGCGCUAGCGAAGGUGAACAGGGUGGAGGAGGCAUCGCUGGCGGUGUUUGCACGCAACGCCAUCUACAUUGGCGGGUUCAAGUCGGACGGCAGCACUCUCUACUUCCUGCACGGCCAUGACCUGCCGGGGGCUAAGGAGCUCAUGCCCGGGGUGUAUAUGGGAGGGCUGGAGGCAGCAGCGGAGCAGGUGCUGCUGGGCAACAUGCCUCCGUCUGACUUCAGAUUCUUUGUCGGGCAAGUGGAGUGGCCAGCAGGCAAGCUUCAGGAGGAGGUGGAUGCGGGUCUCUGGUACACUGCAGCGUGUGCCAGAAGCCUCGUGCUCAAACAGUGCUUGCAGCUCCCCAAACCACUCUGGCGGGAAAUGCUGGAGCUGAUGGGAGGAGAAUAUGCUGAGACAGCGAGGAAAGAAUACGGGCAGAGCAUUUGA